AUGUUCCAGAAUGCGCUUCUGGUGGGUUUGGUGCCUGAGUCCAAGGCCAACGGCGGAUGUGCCAGCCGCACUGACACCGCCCGGACGCUCGAGCCGACUCCUUUUCCCCUCGACCUGACUCCUUUUCCCCUCGACCUGACUCCUUUUCACCUCGACCUGACUCCUUUUCCCCUCGACCUGACUUGCCGUAGCGCCGCCGCCUUGCAGAGAAGAAUCUAG